GCAACUUCUUUGUCGUCUGUUUGUCAGUUGCAGACCUUGUGGUUGCUGUUUAUCCAUACCCUCUGAUCUUGAGUGCCAUUUUCCACAAUGGAUGGACCAUGGGAAAUGUCCACUGCCAGGUAAGUGGGUUCGUGAUGGGCUUAAGUGUCAUUGAGUCCAUUUUCAACAUCACAGCAAUCGCAAUCAACCGCUACUGCUACAUCUGUCACAGCCUUCAGUAUGAGAAGCUCUUUAACCUGAAGAACACCUUCUGCUAUCUCUGCUUGACCUGGAUACUCACAGUGGUGGCAAUUGUGCCGAACUUCUUUGUCAGCUCUUUGCAGUGUGACCCCCGGAUUUACUCCUGCACAUUUGCACAGACAGUGAGUACAUCAUACACCAUUACAGUGGUGGUGGUUCACCUCAUGGUCCCACUGUCCAUCAUGACAUUUUGCUACCUGCGGAUCUGGAUUUUGGUGAUUCACGUCAAACACCAGGUGAGACAAGAUUGCAAGCAGAAGCUCAGAGCAGCUGACAUCAGAAAUUUCUUGACUAUGUUUGUAGUUUUUGUCCUUUUUGCUGUGUGCUGGGGACCUUUAAACUUUAUUGGCCUUGCUGUUUCAAUUAAGCGUCCAAAUGCGCAGCCACGCAUUCCAGAAUGGCUUUUCGUCCUGAGUUAUUUUAUGGCCUAUUUUAACAGCUGCCUUAAUGCUGUGAUCUAUGGGCUUCUUAACCAGAAUUUCCGGAAGGAAUACGAAAGGAUACUGCUGACACUCUGGACUCCCAGGUUUCUCUUCAUCAAUGUGUCCAAGGGUGGGACAGAAGGGAUGAAAAGCAAGCCAUCUCCAUCUGUAACAAACAACACCCAAGCUGAAAUACACUUAUGA